CGGAGGCCGGCACGCUGGCUCGCUCCCUGCCUGGGAACAUGGCCGAAGUCGGGGAGGACAGCAGCGGGGCGCGGGCUCUGCUGGCGCUGCGCUCGGCGCCCUGCAGCCCCGCCGCGGCGCCCCCUCCCGGGCCGCCGCCCCCGGCCGGGCCGCCCGCCGCCGCCUCCGCCGGCCCGGUGCUGGCGCGGCUGCAGGGCCGCGAGUUCGAGUUCCUCAUGCGGCAGCCGGCCGUCACCAUAGGCCGCAACUCCUCGCAGGGCUCGGUGGACGUCAACAUGGGGCACUCCAGCUUCAUCUCCCGGCGGCACCUGCAGCUCAGCUUCCAGGAGCCGCACUUCUACCUGCGCUGCCUCGGCAAGAACGGCGUCUUCGUGGACGGCGCCUUCCAGCGCCGCGGCGGCCCGGCCCUACAGCUCCCGCCGCAAUGUACUUUCCGAUUCCCUAGCACGGUUAUAAAGAUCCAGUUCACAUCUUUAUACCAUAAAGAGGAAGCAAAAGAGGAAGCCUCAUCACCUCCCCUUCGGCCACUUUACCCUCAAAUAUCGCCUCUGAAGAUCCACAUCCCGGAGCCGGAUCUCCGGAGUGUGGUCAGUCCCCUCCCAUCCCCCACCGGCACUAUCAGUGUUCCCAACUCCUGCCCGGCCAGUCCGCGUGGUGCUGGAUCCUCAGGAUAUCGUUUUGUUCACAACAUUACCUCGGAUCUGCAGCUGGCAGCAGAGUUUGCCGCAAAAGCAGCAUCAGAACAGCAGGCAGAUGCAUCUGGCGGGGACAGCCCAAAGGAUGAAUCCAAGCCGCCCUAUUCUUAUGCUCAGCUAAUUGUCCAGGCUAUAUCUUCAGCACAGGACAGGCAAUUAACACUAAGUGGGAUCUAUGCCCACAUUACCAAGCAUUAUCCAUAUUACAGGACUGCUGACAAAGGCUGGCAGAAUUCCAUUCGGCACAACCUCUCCUUGAACCGCUACUUUAUUAAAGUCCCGCGCUCCCAGGAGGAGCCUGGAAAGGGCUCCUUUUGGCGAAUUGACCCUGCCUCUGAAGCCAAGCUAGUAGAGCAAGCGUUUAGAAAACGAAGGCAAAGAGGAGUGUCCUGCUUCCGAACACCUUUUGGGCCUCUGUCCUCCAGGAGUGCUCCUGCCUCCCCGACUCACCCUGGCCUGCUGUCCCCUCACUCUAGUGGCCUACAGACUCCAGAGUGCCUGUCACGGGAGGGCUCACCCAUUCCACAUGAUCACGAUUUUGGGUCAAAGUUAGCCUCGGUUCCAGAGUAUCGGUAUUCACAGAGCGCACCUGGAUCUCCAGUCAGUGCCCAGCCAGUGAUUAUGGCUGUUCCUCCCCGACCAUCUACCCUGGUGGCAAAACCAGUCGCGUACAUGCCAGCAUCAAUAGUGACUUCCCAACAGCCUUCAUGUCAUGCAAUUCACGUCGUUCAACAAGCUCCCACUGUUACAAUGGUCCGAGUUGUGACCUCCUCUGCAAACUCUGCGAACGGAUACAUCCUCACAAAUCAGGGCACAGCAGGGGGAGCUCAUGAAGCUGCAGGAGCAGUGUUGGACUUAGCUGGUGACCAUCGAGCAGGCAUGGAUGAAAAGCCGACGAUCGCGUUCGCCACGAUACCUACAGCCAGCCGUGUCAUUCAGACAGUCGCCAGUCAGAUGGCGCAGGGUGUUCCAGGACAGACAGUCACCAUCCUGCAGCAGGCAGCUCCGGUGACCAUCGGGCAGCACCAGCUCCCCGUGCGGGCAGUCACCCAGAACGGGAAACACGCUGUCCCCACCAACAGCAUCACCGGCAGUGCUUACGCUCUUACAAACCCAUUGCAGCUUCUUGCAGCCCAGGCCAGCUCGUCCACUCCUGUCGUAGUCAGCCGGGUGUGUGAGACCGGGACCGAAGAGCCGGCAGCAGCCGCUUCCAGCGAACCCGAAGUCAAAAGACCCCGGAUAGAAGAGUCCAGCGGAGCAGUCCCAGCCCAAACUGGAGUCAUCACAUCUACGGUGCCACAAGGACAGGCCACCAGUGAAUGAAGAACCGGUGGGAGGAGCUGGAGUGAUGCGGGGUGGGCAUGGGAUGGCAGCAGCCCCUAAAGCAGCUUUCAAAGAAAACAAACCACAACUGUAACAGUUCAAAAUAUAGCCAAUAAGGAGCCCUUUUUUAAAGUCAGAUUUUUAACUGGGAGGCCAACAGCUGUUAGAAUCACAAGGUGCCAAAAAGAAUGGAAAACCCCUCCCAAGAACCCAUACCUGGAACUCUGUUCUGUCUUUACCUAUGGGAUACAUUUUCCUUUUUUUUUUUUUUAAUAAGAUUCAAAAAACAUACAGACAACUGAUUGUAUGACUGCUGGGAUAUUUUUUUAACUCUCCUGUCCCCUUUUGGCUCCAAGGGGAUGGGAUUUGCAGUUCAGCAUCUAAAGGAAUGUAACACAAAUACAAUCUGCUCCCUGGAAAGAAAACUCCUCAUUUUCUAUGCCUUAAUACUGUACUUCUCAGAGCUUUGAACCAUAGGACCAUUUUAAAAAGGCCACCUAAGGCAAUCGAAUGCUGAAAGAUGGGUGCAGUAUCUCACAAAAACAGCAUUAAAGAAGCAUGGUACCAAGCUUAAAGAAAAAGGCAAAUGAUUAAAAAAAGAAAAAGAAAAGAAACAGAAAAAUUCUGGAUAUGAACGAAUGUUUAUUUAUGUGGGAAUUCAGGAGGAAGAGUUACAGGGCUCAACCACCUGGAUUUCCAGAUGCAAUUUCUCUCCAUUCCCUCUGAGGGAGAAUAAGAUGACAGAGGAACUGUAUUAAUUUGGUUCCUGUAAAGAUAUUAAAAACAAAGGGUUUUGUACCUUCAAUGUUUUCUUACAAUUAUUCAUCACUUGCUCUGGACAACAGCCGAAGUAUCUGAGGAUCACAUGGGGAAGGGUGUCUCCAAAAGGUUCUGCGUGCGUUCAAUUGAUUGCAUCCUGUGCUGGAGCAACAGGUUUUGUUCAAAAUAGCACUGUAGGUGAAGACAUUGCCACUGUCUCUUGUCAACUCAAGAAAAUAUUGGUUGGUCUUCUGCACUAAAACGAUCUGCCGUUGCCUCCCGUUGGGACCGGCGUCCUCAACUAGAUGGAUGGUGGUGAGGAGGCCAGGACUGGGUGGGAGUUGUCACUGACCCUGUGCUGUGGCUCAGCACAGCUGCUGAGAGCUGGGGUGAGAGGCAGCCGAGUUCAUACGGUGUUGAAUACAAAUUCUGUACGUGUGGGGAGACCAAGGCAAAAGAGAAGUUGUGUUUUCCAUGUGGCAAAAGUCACUGGGGGUCUUAAACAGGUUUUCCAAAAGGAGUGUGGAGGUUUCCUUUCAUUGCCCGGCUCCCUCUCCCAUCUCUCCUCCCUUGGGGACCACUGGGGUUGGCCAGUAGGAGGAGGCUUUUAUUUGAACUAAAUUCCAGGCUCUUCAUGUACUACAAGUACAUCUUAUGAGUGAAGUGGAUUUGAGUCACUUCAGCCACACGGCGCGGUGGGCGUGUGUGACACCUUGUGACUGGCAAAAAUAAAUCAACCCAUGUACCCUCCAGCUAACCCUUUUGGUUUUAUGCCUGUUUGCGAUCCCCUUGGCUAACAUCUUCUGGCAGCACAGCAGAGAGCUUUUAAUUUAGAAAACAUUAUGGCUUUGGUAACGGCAAAAGAGAUUUAGCAGGAAUGGAAUAUGUCUCUGGUAGGUUAUCCCCCAACCUCUACUGAUUUAUUGUCAGGUUACUGUUGUACAGUGUGACAAUGCUUUUGCAGAGCAGAGAGGCAAGCCCACUGCAUAAAUACGUUGCAAAAAGAUUUCCCCGAUGUGCAGUGAAUGAUAUUGUCGUUACGUCUGCAAGGUUUAGGGGUCAGGCACAACAGUUCAACAUCUGCUGGAAUUUGGGGAGAGGGAGGAAAUCCACAAGGUAACAGCUGGCAUCACUUCUUCCCUUCUAGAUUUCCUUUCUCUUUGCCAAAUCCUAUUCAACAGCCAAGUCUCACCGCUUGAAUAAAACUCAGCCGUGUUUUAUUCUCAAGCCAAUUGUUUCGCGAGAGAUAUUUCUGAGAGAAGAAUUUCUUGGUCUCCUGAUUCGCAGUUAGACUCGGCAGUGAGAGGCACGCGAAGCGUUCAGGACAGUUCAUUUAUCUACAGCUAGGCUUUCAUCGUUGAGGUGUGUGCCUUUAGUGACAAGUUAUUAGGUUGGAUUUUAGUAUUUUGAAAAGAUUUUGUGAAGGAGGAUUGUCACAAACCACAAAUUGAAGCAGGUCAGCCUCCCACUGUCACUUUUCCUGCUAGGAAGGUUGAGGAGCACCUGGAUUAGCUCUGCUUUCUGUAGCCUUUUCAGAGCCAGAAUUCAAUGAAAUGGGCUUCCAGGAAGAACGCACGAGUGAGAGUGCAGCGUAGUUUGUGAUGCAUCGUUACGGUUGGGUGAGCGCUGCUUUAGAUAGAGGCACAGCCUUCAAACAGCCCCGAGGCCAGGAGCUGUCCUGGAGCAGAGGAGUCUUUGGGUUUCCAGUACGUCGGGUGAGUCAGCACAAGAUGAGCAACCACCAGAAUACCGUUCAGAAUGUAAAGCUGCUAAUGUUUUGUGGAUUUUUCUUUACAGCUGCUUUUUCUGUUAGAAAGUCUAAAUAACUAGGUCCUAAACUUCUGUAGACUGGUCCAGCACCAUAGGGUGACAUCGUCUGAAUCGCGGUGUUUUCAUACACCAGUUGCUGCUUUAUCGAUACCUCUUAAAAGUCUGUCCUCAGGUUGCGUGUAUAGAUCUGCCUCCUCAGUAUUUAGAAUAAUACAUUCUCUUUUGUGGCUCACAGUGCCUGCUGGUUGAGGGAUACGCAAAUAUUCACCCAUUCUGCUUGAGGUGUCUGGAACUUUGCAGAUCAUCCUGUCGGAGGAUUUUUGCUUUAUGAGUCUGCUGCAUCCCCCUGCUGCUGGAGGAAGCAGCCGUGCCACUUGACAAUAUAUUUUUAAUAGGUUUGCCUAUACAUUGCCUAUAUCAUUGCCUGAUACUAGGCAAAAUAACUUCUUACUAAAUCCUGUAGAGAGCUGUGGAAAAAUGUACUCCUUAUCUGGAACACAUGAGGUGGGGACAUCUUGUUUCAGGCCUCCAGAUGAAUUCUUUCAACACGCUGCUCAGUCUGGAAGACGCUAUUGCUCUUUUUCCGUAUCAGUCCUGACUCCCCAGACUUUGUUUUGAGCACUGCAGAGGAAUGAAAAUUAAUGUGAUAGUAGAAUUAAGCCUUCAACUAGAAAGAAAACAUUACAUUACCGGUUACAUGCAGUACUUGGAUUGUUUUUAAAUGGAUCAACUAACUUGUUUUUUGUCUAAAAAGUUGCAUCUUGUCCUCAGUUUUAUUAACUGAGGGAGGUUUGAGGGCGAGAGGAGUAGGGGGCUUCACUGCAUCUUCUGCUGUCUGUGUAACAAAAGUCCAGCCUUGUUUCAUAUUUAACCUGAUAGAAGUUAGACCUGGAAAGACUUUAAAACUGACUUCUUAUCUGUGAAUUCACUGUUCACCGCCGCCUAUUGAUUUUUCUUUUUCCCUGCUCUCCAUCCUAGGCAAUGACAAAAACUAAUUUGACUUUGAUAGUAGUCAGUUUAUAGCAACUUUUGUUGCCUCAGUUUGCAAGAGCUGAAUGUGGUUGUUCUUGUUGUUUUUUCCACUGGAAUCCCUUAGUUAUUGUUUUGUCUUGACCUUGGCUCUUGUGAUAGGAAGCUUUUUACAGUGCGAUAUAUUUAAUCUGAUUUAGUGAUAACACAACAUGGUGCUGAGCACAGAAUUAAAGAUUGUGAUUAGCUCAUAUAUUCUUUUCAACUCCUUUUUUUUUCCCAUAUUCCUCCCUCCCCCAGACUAUUAACGGUGUCCUCUGUACCAUAUCCAGUCAUUUUUAUUCACUGACAGAAACAGCAUCUUGCAUUAAGUUUUGCCCAAGGACUCGAGGAUGACAGUACCAGUGGGAUACUUGGGACUCCAGAGCAGAUUGAGAAAGGUCAAUUUGGUCACCCUGUAUUUAAUUUUCAUGCUGUGUUGUAGGCAUGCUACUGUUGGGCACAACGUAUUCAGGAAAGUGUUUUCAGAGACACAUUAAGGCUUUGGAAGAGGAAAUAAAUAGUGAAAUAAGAGUUGAAGCCUUUACAAUGCUUCUGCAAUCAGUGUCACAGUCUAGUGUCAGGUUUGGGAGGGGAGGAAACUUGGUUUUGUGUAUUUUAUGCAUCUGUCUUGUGUACUGACUUAAUUCAGAGUUAACUUCCAUGUUUUUUCCCCCUUUUUCAGUAGGGAAAUGCCAACAGUAAAAUAAAACUUGAAGCACAGAAGGUGAGGGACUAAUAUCUAAGCAAGUGAGAGCAUCUGACCUGAGCUUUCGUACCAUGUGGUGUGGAGCACCUUGCACUGACCACUGGGGAUGUUGAAUUGAACUUUUCAUCUGUGUUAGCAAGGAGGUUUCCCAGUGAGAUAUCUGGUAUCGCUCUGGUGUGCACUAGUGUGUAGAUUAAUGUCAAAACGUAGGGUGAAAGGAGAAACUGAAAUAUGGGGAUCUUGGAUGACAAGGAUUUAAUUUAGCAAUAAUUCUGUAUCUUUCUAUAGAGGAUGAAAAGCUGCAUCUUCAAGCUGAUUGUAUUGAAGGAUUAAAUUCCAACUGGUUGGUUGUUUCAUCUUUGUUUCUCAGGUUUAAACUAUGACUUAUAAAUCAUAGUUUAUUGCUGAUAAACGUAGAUCACAUAAAACUGCAGUAUUAGGGAAGGUCACAUCUGUCAGUUUGUUGUCUCUGCCAUUAGCCAGUUGUAGCAGUGUAGAGAUGUAGAAUAAAUUGGGUUGAAAGAACCCAGGCUUUUGGAGGCCUCUGCUACAACCUCUUCCUCAGAGCAGGUGCAAACAGAUCAUAUUGCCACGUCCUUGCCCAGCUUUUAAUGUCUCCAAAGGCGGAGGCUCCACAAAACUCUGGUCCCUGGUCCACUCUGACCACCCACAAGGUGAAAACGUCUCUCACAUAUCUGAGAAGUAUUUCCCACACAGCUGCACGUGUUCGUUGCCUUUUGUCGUGUCACGUCACACCUCUGAGAAGAGCCUCGCUCUGCCUCCUCUGCAUCUUCCAAACACGUAGUUGAAGAUACCACUAAGAGUUUUUUUCCCCUUUUGCCUUUUUUUUUUUCCUGAAGGCUGAACCAACCUGAUUGUCUUGAUCUCUUCUUGUACAUCAUGUGCUCAAGCCCUCGGGGUAUCAGGUGCAAUUGCUGCAGAAGGUCUCUGUCUUAUACUGGGGAGCUCAAAACCAGAGACAGUGCUCUAGAUACAGGGUAACGAUGGAGUGGAAGAAGAAUCGCUUUCCUAUAACCUUUUGCAAGUACAGCCCAGUAUUUGUUUGAUCUGCUUUGCUGCAAGAUGCACGGCUGGCUCACCCUCGGCUGCUCUGCAUACAGUGUGAGAACCAAGAGUCACAAAGGGAACCAGAAACACUCUGGAUUGCAUUUGUACGUAUGCAACAGUCUCAUCCCUCUCUUCCAAGGAAGGGUGCCAGAUUGGGCUUGUAGCUUUUUGAACAGGAUGCACUGCUGAAGGAUCCUGAUCACUUUUAAAAAUACCUGUGCUUUACAGUCUCAAACAAUACUUUUGAUCCAGUAUGGAGCUUAGCAUGGAUUUCAUCCUCGAUGCAAAAUCUUUCAGGUUUUGAAGUCCUGCUGCUAGUGAAGUUGGGCAUUAGAAAUGAACCUCCAAAGGACCAUGACUAGCUUCAUCAUUUUGCCUUUUCUGCACGCUGAGCUUUUGAUUUUGCAAAUGCUGCCAGCCAGUCUCUUGGGCAGCUCCGGUUUCUGCUCCCCAUCGCAGCUUUUCCCCUCGAUUCGUAGUUAUUUCUGUCAGCUCCGCAGUUCUUUAAUCCAACUCCUAAUUGAAUGCCAUUACUUGAAGGUCUGCAUCUGGUGAGAAUCUGUGCGUUAGGUUGCAGUUAUCCAACAGAUUGGUCAGUCUUGUAACUUCUUGUUUCCUUCUGGGCGAAAAAUUAUGCCAAAGCUGCUACUACUACCAUAGCAAACACUACUGUCGGGAAGUGUAGCUGACAGUGGAGCCAGCUGUGCUGCAGAAAACAGUUACACUACAGGGUCAUCUGAGUUGCUGGAACUGAUGGGAGUGGGAAUUGAUGCCGCCUUGCAUUUCAGUCUGGACCUGACCAAACCGUAGCUGUGACUUAGGCUGGACCAACCUCUCUCUGCAGCUGCCUGGCGGCUGGUUUGGCUGCGAUUAGUUAUAAUAGCUCAGCAAACUCUCUGCUAGGUGGGUUAUUUGCAGGACAGCACGUGUCUUUGUGCAUAUAGGUGUGGAUAUAUGCAUCUGUAAUAAUGAGUGGAAAAUGCCUAGCUGUGAUGGUGGGCUUUCUCUCUUAGGUUGUCUUUCACAGGGCAGUAAUAACCACAGUCAGCGUUUUACUUUGGCCUGAGCAAGACAUUUUGAAAAAUAACUCGUUUUUCUUGGAGCACUAUAUUUAAAUUCCAAAUUUUUAAUCGACUUUUAACCUUUGUAUUUAUAUGUUCAGAGAAUUCUUUUGAUACCUUUUCAAUUUACCAACACUGAAUUAAAACCCUUCGGAAUGUAUGGCUGGUCCUCUCCUUACGUGUCACUUUAAGUUUCAGAGCCUGAGGGUAUUUGUACCAAGUCUACCCCUUCGCUCUCAAGGCAGAAGAAACAAUUGACAAUUCAUGAGUGGCAGCUAAGGAAGAAAAACCCUUUAAAUAUUUUUUUUUCAGAGAAUAUUAAAUUAGAUCUGUGUAAACAUAAAAUUUAUAUUUAUUAAUGUGUGUGUGAGUGCGUGUGUAAAUAUAGAUAUAUAAAUGGUCCAUGACUAUUCAUUUCUCUUCAAAGGUACUUUACACAGACUUUUAUACAGUAUGUUGGUAAAUUCCUGCACCAGGCACUGAUUCUAAAGAGCGAUGUACCUGUAUUUUUAACAAAUACGGGCAGCUGGUAGAAGCAGCUUUACUUUGAUGAUUGUUUUCCUUCCUCUCGCAGAGCAGAAGAGGUGACUUGGUACUUUCUUUGCUUCUGUCUUCGUCGUGCUUUCCGCAGCCCUGGCCCGUGCUGCUUUUCUGGCAAGAAAAAUCCCCCAAAUGGCACUAAUGAAAGCUGGAAACCUUUCUUGGCUCAAAUUAUCUCUAGAUGCGGUAUCAGGGAGUUCUGGUCUGUAAGUAAUAGGACCUUAUUUCUAACAGAGGAAAUGAAUGGAGAGCCCAUGAGGAUGCUGUGAGGUUGAGGAAUUGCUCCCUGUCUGUCUGUCAGGUGGCUGAGCUAACACAGGGGCAAUAUGAAAUAGUUUCUUUUCCUCCGUAGUGGGAUUAUUCUCCUUUUGAGAUACUUCUAUGUCUUCAUGGGGUGUGAGGUGUAUACAUCCCCUUAAAAACAAACACAUAAGAGUUUUUCUAAUGUUCCCAUUCACCAGGAGUCAGUUUUACCAAUCCGGCCACAUUUCGGUCGUGGUUUAACUCCACAAGGAUCACUGAAUUCACAGAAGUUUGUGGUUUGACCCACUUGAGCCUUUUGACAAUGAAUCUUAAAAGCAGGUGAUACUUGGCUUCCUAACCCUCACUGCUCUUUCAGGUUAGAAACUCCUUUUUCUGUAGGACGUGGGUGAAUGCUUCACCGCGCUUUCCGCUCACUGUCUGGUGGUCAGGCUUUGAUGCUGAAGGGAGGAGAGGAUUGGUGCUAAGAAGCAUAACCAGAAUAGGAGGAGUGGAAGAAAAGAGCUUUCAUCCUCAGCAGAAAACAGCCCUUGUGAAAACCAGCCUUCCCCUAGUAUUGAGUUAUUUCUUCAUGUCUGCUGCCAAGCUGGGUGAUGCACCUUUGCCAUGAUCUGGACCUUUCUGUCCUCAUCCUACCCCACCUCAGUUUCACCUAUAUCAGUCUGAAACAGCCUUCCUUAAAGCUAAGGGCAAUGUUGAGGGGAAAUGUCUGUUCAUGGAAGAAAAAUGAGAUUUAAAUGGAGCAAAAACAAGUGAGUUUUCCUUCUUUUUCACUGUUUUGCUGCUAAAAGCCUGGUGCAGAACAUCCUCACGUUCUGCUGAUGUAUGUGCCACUCUUUGGGUGGACGGGCUGCUAUGUAGGCAAGUUUGCUCUGUAGCAAAUUAAUUGCUGUAAACUCACUUUCCUUUUUCUUCCUUCUCACCCAAAUGGACUCGAAGUGGAGGGAAGGAACCAGAGUGUUGUCGUUUGUAAGAUCUUUUUGUUUUAAUGGAAGAGAAAGCAGAGAAUGUAAAAAACAAAAAAUCUCAUUCAAAUAUACUGAUAUGGAAAACAGAACGGCUUUAAAAUACACAAAUCUUACGACGCUGUAUAUUGUUCUGGGUUUGUGCUGCGAUGAGACUGGCCUUGUCCAGCCUGGCAGCCGAACUCCGCAGAGCCAAAAAGAGCAUUUUAGGAUUCUGUAGCUAUCUAAAGGACUGUUAGCCAAAGGACUGUUAAAAAGGUGUUUAGGGAUAAAUCAGAAGCUGUAUAUGAGCAAUGGAUGGUAAAGCUGGAAAUUCAGAUCCGACUCUGAAUAUUUGCUUUAAAAAUAUAUAUAUAUAGAAAAAUCUGAGGCUCCCCCUGUUCUGCCCGUUUGCAUCCCCGCUGGGUCCUUAGGGGAAGGCCACGGUGAGAUGAGGACCAGCAAUACCUCAGUGGCUCAACAAAGUGGUUUUUUUCUGCAGAGAUCCGGGGGAGCUUUACCCCUUUCACCUAAAUUUGGCACUUAAUUUAAAUGGGGAUGGAUGGGGGAACUAAAGCCAUGCUUGCAUUUCAGUUCCUGGCGUUGCCUGUACAAGGCACCUCCAGCCAGAUGUUCUCGGUUUUCGUGGUUCUUUUACAUCUGACAUCAAAAGUAUUUUGUAUUUUUCGUGACUUGUUUUCGUGAUCAGUGCUUUCCGAAAAGCAGGCGUGGAUCCCAAGGGGGGAAACGCUCUGUCCGGGGCAGUGGAUGUGACGCUCAUCUCCUCUACCUGCCCGCGGGGCCGCGCUGCUUCGCUUCCUGGGCUGCAGCUCGCCGGAGGAGACGGCAAAUCCAAGCGUCUGAGGAGCAGGACUUGACAUUUCCACAUCCAAUGACAUACAGUGGUUUUGUGCUGGUUUUUUUGUUUUGUUUUGUUUUUUUUAAUAUGGAGCCAUACAUUUUUUUUUUAAGUGAUUUGAGGUCUGAAUGUGAUUUCUAAUGUAUCAAGAACGUUAAUAUUUUAAAGCUAUAACAAAGUUUUAAAUUUCUACUAUUUUUUUUUUUUUUCAUUUGUUUUAACUGUUCUGUUACCUUAAUUUGAUGUAUGUGGUUGGGGAAUGUUGCUUCUCCUCUUAGCAUUUGUUUCUAUAACCAGAAAUAAAAUUAUAUAUGAAAGAGAAAA